AUGAUGGCCGUCAUGGAAGCGCAGAAGCAAGAAAGCUUUGAUUACUUAGACAACAGAGCGGCAGAGUCCAUGCAGCGUCUGAAAAUACAAAGAGAAACCGGAAAAUGCCUUGUGUCCGUGAAGGUCAAUGGAGAGCACAUUCGUGACAGUCCCUUUACAGUUGAAGUAAAACCAAGACAGUUCAGACCCGUGUUAUCCUUCGGAAAAUUUGGUUCAGGCAAUAAAGAUUUUGCUUUACCCUGGGUAAAGGUAUUCAGUAGUGAUGGAACUUACUUAAGAUCUUUUGGGUAUAAGGGAGGUAAAGAGGGAGAGUUAAACUCGCCUGAAGGAAUUGCAAUUGAUAACGAUGACGGAACCAUCUUCAUAGCAGAUUCAGAUGAUCACCGAAUUCAACUAUUCAGUGGAAAGGGGGUAUUCCUUAACAAGUUUGGUGAAAAGGGAAAUCUUGAUCACCAAUUCGGCAGUCCUUGCGGGUUAUCUAUCGGUAGUGACGGAAAUUAUAUUGUUGCUGAUGACGAAAAUGAGAAAGUUAUGAUAUUUUCUCGUACCGGCCAGUUUCUCCGUAGCAUAGGCUCUGAGGGUUCUUUCACCACUGCCACUCACUGCAUCCAAAAGUUUGGCACACAGGAUGGGGAGUUCGAUGGGCCGACUUAUUUGUCAAUUAACAAAGCUGAACACCUGAUGGUCUCUGACUUACGGAAUGAUAGAAUUCAGGUAUUUGAACUAAAUGGAAAGUUUAUAGGAAAAUUUGGCACAAAGGGUAAAAAAAUAGGACAAUUUGAUGGACCAUCCUCUACAGCAAUUCUCGGAGAUGGUAGAAUACUUGUUGUUGACGUAGGAAAUGGUCGGGUUCAGAUAAUUGAGUAG